GCGGCGGUGGGGCCGGGCACAGGGGGCGCGGGCGCGGCGGGCCCGGGCGUUGCGGGGCCCUGCGGGGUGGUGUCCGUGUUCCCGGGCACCCGCCUCCUCACCAUCGGCGACGCGAACGGCGAGAUCCAGCGGCACGCGGAGCAGCAGGCGCUGCGCCUCGAGGUGCGCGCCGGCCCGGACGCGGCGGGCAUCGCCAUGUACAGCAAUGAAGAUGUGUGUGUGUUCAAGUGUUCUGUGUCCCGAGAGACAGAGUGCAGCCGCGUGGGCAAGCAGUCCUUCAUCAUCACGCUGGGCUGCAACAGCGUCCUCAUCCAGUUCGCCACUCCCAAUGAUUUCUGUUCUUUCUACAACAUCCUGAAGACGUGCCGGGGCCACACCCUGGAGCGGUCGGUGUUCAGUGAGCGCACAGAGGAGUCCUCGGCUGUGCAGUACUUCCAGUUUUACGGCUACCUGUCCCAGCAGCAGAACAUGAUGCAGGACUAUGUGCGGACGGGGACCUACCAGCGUGCCAUCCUGCAGAACCACACCGACUUCAAGGACAAAAUCGUGCUUGAUGUUGGCUGUGGCUCUGGGAUCCUGUCGUUUUUUGCCGCCCAGGCUGGAGCCAGGAAAAUCUAUGCAGUGGAGGCCAGCACCAUGGCCCAGCAUGCCGAGGUCCUGGUGAAGAGCAACAACCUGACGGACCGCAUCGUGGUCAUCCCCGGCAAGGUGGAGGAGAUCUCGCUCCCCGAGCAGGUGGACAUCAUCAUCUCGGAGCCUAUGGGCUACAUGCUCUUCAAUGAGCGCAUGCUCGAGAGCUACCUCCAUGCCAAGAAGUACCUGAAGCCCAGUGGAAACAUGUUCCCUACAAUUGGUGACGUCCACCUGGCACCCUUCACAGAUGAACAGCUCUACAUGGAGCAGUUCACCAAGGCCAACUUCUGGUACCAGCCGUCCUUCCAUGGGGUGGACCUGUCGGCUCUCCGGGGCGCCGCCGUGGACGAGUAUUUCCGGCAGCCUGUGGUGGACACAUUUGACAUCCGGAUCCUGAUGGCCAAGUCUGUCAAGUAUACAGUGAACUUCUUAGAAGCCAAAGAAGGAGAUUUGCACAGGAUAGAAAUCCCAUUCAAAUUCCACAUGCUGCACUCGGGGCUGGUCCAUGGCCUGGCUUUCUGGUUUGACGUCGCUUUCAUCGGCUCCAUAAUGACUGUGUGGCUGUCCACGGCCCCCACGGAACCCUUGACCCACUGGUACCAGGUACGGUGUCUCUUCCAGUCACCACUCUUCGCCAAGGCCGGGGACACGCUCUCAGGGACAUGUCUGCUCAUUGCCAACAAGAGACAGAGCUACGACAUCAGUAUUGUGGCCCAGGUGGACCAGACAGGCUCCAAGUCCAGUAACCUGCUGGACCUGAAGAACCCCUUCUUCAGGUACACAGGCACAACACCCUCACCCCCGCCUGGCUCACACUACACGUCACCCUCGGAGAACAUGUGGAACACAGGCAGCACCUACAACCUCAGCAGCGGCAUGGCUGUGGCUGGGAUGCCGACAGCCUACGACCUGAGCAGUGUUAUUGCUGGCGGCUCCAGCGUGGGUCACAACAACCUGAUUCCUUUAGCCAACACAGGGAUUGUCAAUCACACCCACUCGCGGAUGGGCUCCAUAAUGAGCACGGGCAUUGUCCAAGGCUCCUCAGGUGCCCAGGGUGGCGGCGGUGGCUCCAGCGCCCACUACGCGGUCAACAACCAGUUCACCAUGGGUGGCCCGGCCAUCUCCAUGGCGUCACCCAUGUCCAUCCCGACCAACACCAUGCACUAUGGGAGCUAGGCGCCCAGCCUCGGACUGACAGCACCAGGAAACCAAAUGAAGCCCGCACUGGCGGCCGCCUCGGACUGGACAAGCCUCAACACCGUCACGUCACGGCCCUCUUUGCUACGGGACUCGGACACUUUUUUACACUGUUGCCGCUGCCCCUACCCUGCCCCACCCUGGCCCAAGCGCCUGUCGCUGCCAUAUUUUACACCAGAUCAUGUCGAUCGGGAGCCUGUCCUUCCUGCCCGCUGCAGCCGCCUGGCUCUGCCCUCUGCCGAAGCAGCACCAGGGUAGAGGAGGGAGCAGCUCAGCGUCCCACCCUCACCCGUUGCAGGGCACAGCCGGCCGGGCAGUACCUCUCCUCAACUACCAGGCCACCACGGUCACCAAGGGCAUGACAUGCUGCUUUUUUUAAUUUUAUUUUUUUACGAAAAGAACCAGUGUCAAUUCACAGACCCUCUGAGAAACCCGGCCGGCCGGGCGCAGCCGCAGGCCCCACGGGAGGGAGGGGUGGCCCUUCCCGCCCAGGGUCACCUCACACUUGAAUGUAGCCCCGGCUAUCUGCAGGCCUGUCCUUGGCCGACUCAGCUGCUGUCCUGUCCCUGAGCCCUGCAGCUCCCCUCCCCUCUGCCAAGAGCUGAGCAGGCGGACUGUCACCAUGGGCCACGGGCAGACAGAAACCUCCAGCCUGUCUCAAAGGUGUCCUCUCCCUGUGUAACUGACGUUAGGCCUGUGUGUCCCCUCCAGACUUGUAGAUGCUCCAGUCCCCACUGCUGCAAAAGCAUUCGGACCCUCCUCAGCUGGGAAAGGGACCUUGCAGGGACCUCUCCCUCCAAAAAAAGGAAAAAAAAAAAAAAGAGCAAGGAAAUGUACGUUUCAGCACAGGCAGUUUUCUUCACCCUCUUGUUCCUAGCACCUGACCUCUCAAGCUGGAGGUCAGGCCCAGGCCUGCUGCGUGUGCUCGAGGCAGGGCUGGGGUACCCCACUGUAGGGCAUCGGGGCCCUGUCCUGUGGCUGUGUCACUUGAGCUGCCCUGGAAGCUCCCUGCUCGGCUACCCUCCCCACCUUUAUAUAAAUUCUCUGGAUCACCUUUGCAUAGAAAAUAAAAGUGUUUGCUUUGUAAGAAAAA